GGCAUCUUUCGGCCUCUGCUGGUCGCAAGUCAUACAGGAAGAGGCUGGGGACGGCGAAAAGUUACGUUUCCAAACUCAAAAUACACAUAGCUUUCAGUCGAUAUUUUUUUUUGCCUUUACUUAAAUAAUAUAGUCCUGCUUUUGUAUUUGCUGUCAAACACGGCGCGCUUGAAUUUGUCUUCACUUCCGCGUGCAAUGUUUUUUUCCAACGACCUACGACAACUUUAGAACAGGAAGCCUUCGCGGGCGCUUGUCGCUUCAUCUGACCUUAUAGAAGUGUGGGCUGUCAGGUGCUCCGUGUACAAAUCCAGCCAUGAAUAUAAUUGGAGCAGAGGAUGAAGACUUUGAGAAUGAUGAGCAACCAAAUGUGGAUGAUCACUAUAGUCAUUUUAACAGUAUUGAACUGUUGAAGUCCAGGCCCACCCACUUGCUGGCCUUCAUUCACCAUGUCAUGUUACAGUUUGACUGCGCUCCUGUGCUAUGCUACCUUCAUGCUAACCUCUUCAAGAACUUCAAUGCCAAAGACACCAAGAAACACUUUGGGGAAUUCUACAACACUUUCCUGGAUAAAGGAGCGGUUCUCAGAGUUUCAGUGCCAAACAAUAUAGCCUUUGAAAUGGACCGCUCGCGUCCAGAGAUGAUCAGUGAAGAACAGCAAAGAAAUUACACUUCUGAAAUUCAGCUCUUGCAGGUUCCAGAGGUACUGCGACAGCUGGACGACUUCAGACAGAAGAGGAUGAUGGGAAUGACUCCUAACGAUCGUGAACUACAUGAUGUGGAAUCGCAUCGGCCCACUGACCGCAUCCCCAUGGAGAUGAAGGAGAAGGCUGUAGCUGAAAGCAUGCUAGAAAAGAUGUUUGAGGCCAACCCCUCCAUUGUUGCCGACAAGGACAAAAGUAACGCAAUCUUUGGAGCUUUGGCCUUCUAUAUGAAGCACCUUGGUGUCAAGACCAGAGCACUUGACAACAAGAAGACUAAAUCAGGAUGGCGGCCAUAUGUCCCUUCUGUGUUAAAGCCAUGGGGAGGUAAACCAGUCAAACCAGUCAAACAAGUCCAACCUGAUGGUAAGCAAGCUAGAAUGGACUUUGAAGUAAAGCCCCCUAAACAAAGUUUCCCCCCUCAACCAGUUGCUGGAAACGAUGUCAUCUCUCCUGCAGGCCGAAAGUCUAUUGGGGGAGGGUCAGGUAGCAUUCAUGGCUCGGAGAGCAGUGAAGGGUCAACCGUCAGUGUCUGCAUCACUCCCAGCCCAGAUUCUCAAAAUGGUGGCAACAACAAUCGCUCUGACCCCAAACCAAUGCCAGAGCCGGGUGAUGUGUCUCCUGUUAUCUCAGGUGUAGGUCCCUCCAUCUGUGAACCUUCUUUUGACAUCCCCCCAGAGGACAGUCAAGAGAGUGUCAAGAAUGUGCGCCGCAGCGAGAGCCUUUGUGUGGAGCGUAGUCACUUUCGCCGUAGCGGCUCCACCCGGGCCAAGCAGUCUAGAUCACGUAGCGACGUGGACCUGCAGUCAACCUCCACCUCCCACCCCCCCUCACCCUCCCCACAGAACUCUGUCUCUGUGGAUGGUGUGUUGUUGCCUGAUGGGCCCAUGACUGGGUCUCCCUUUGACAACUUCCUGCCACCUGAGGAGAUAGAGCCUCGCCUCUUGGAGCUUGAGCAGGACCCACCCAACUGGAGAGAACUUGCUUCCAGUGAGAAUCUGGGCAAACUUGACAAGAAGGAGAUCAAGAGACAAGAAGUCAUUAAUGAGUUAUUUGCGACAGAGCAUGCUCAUGUCCGUAUGCUGAGUGUAUUGCAGACAGUGUUUUUUCGUCCACUGGAGAGAGAAGAUAUUAUAAGGAAGGAUGAGCUGUAUGCCAUCUUCCCAAACCUUGAUGAGAUCAUAGAAAUGCACUAUGCUUUCUUUGAGAACCUGAAAAAACUGCGUCAGGAAGACAAGUUCAUUGUCAAAACCAUAAGCACACCACUUCUCAACAGGUUCAGUGGGUCUGAGGGGGAAUGGUUUCAGAAGCUUACUGCACGUUUCUGUAGUCACCAGUCCUGGGCUCUUGAGCUGAUAAAGAGCAAACAGAAGAAGGAUCCACGCUUUAAUGCUUUCAUUCUGGAAGCAGAAAGUAAGCCACAGUGUAGGAGGCUACAGCUGAAGGAUAUCAUCCCCAUAGAGAUGCAAAGACUCACCAAGUAUCCUCUUCUGCUGGAGAACAUUGCCAAGAACACAGAGGAUAACACAGAAAAAGCCAACAUUACCCAAGCAGCAGAUUGCUGCCGCAAGAUCCUCAACCAUGUGAAUGAAGAAGUCAAAGGCAUGGAGAACCUGCUGAUUUUAAAGGAAUACCAGCGCAGACUGGACACCUCAGGACUGAAGCCAAGCAAUGACCUCUACACAGAGUACAAGAACAUUGAUCUUACCUCCAGGAAUAUGCUGUUUGAAGGGCCUCUGAUAUGGAAAGUGACCAAGGAGAAAGCGAUCGAUGUGCACUGUGUGUUGCUGUCAGACUUGCUGGUCUUACUGCAGAAGCAGGAUGACAAGAUGGUUUUGAAGUGUCAGAGCAAAAGUAACAUUGCUGUUCAGGAAGGCAAACAGAUGCUGAGUCCAAUCAUCAAACUGGAGUCUGUUUUUCUCAGAGAAGUAGCCACAGACCCGAAGGCCCUCUACGUCAUCUUUACCUGGGACAGCGGAGCACAGAUCUAUGAACUAGUGGCUCAGUCCACCGUGGAGAGAAAAAAUUGGACAGAAUUGAUUAAGACUGCAGUUGAUGAGCUGAAGAAGAGAGUAGGGAACAAGAUGGACAGACACAGAGCUGGUAGUGUGCCCAGCAGUGCCAUUGGACCUGCAUACAGCGCAAGUUUUAAUCCUCUUAGCCCCACAGAGAAUGGCGGAGACUUGUUGAAAGUUCGCAGUGGGCGAUUUAAGGAUAAUCUUGUUGAUGAGAAGGUUAGAGAUUCUGGUUCUACACUCAUAGACUACCUAGCUUUCAAUGGAUUUGACCUGCUCACCCACAGCCACACACCUCCAGAGAAGUCGGCUAUUGGUGCUUUGGACGAACUCAUGAAUUUGAAGAGGCGGUUGGUUGGGAGUAUUAGUCUGUCUGAUGACUCUCAUACUGUUGGGGAGAAUGGAGGGGCAGGCCCUGAAAGCCAGGAGACAGAUGAAUGUCACUCAUCAGUGGAGGAAUCCAGUGUAGGUGUAAAAGUUGAAGGAGAGGAGGAUGGGGGAGAUGGAGAGAAUAAGAGCGAAGAAGAAAGAGGGAUCAGUGCUCCUCUAGUCCUGUCUCAGGAAUGCAUGGAUGAGCUACAGGGGAGACUACAUUCUCUCGAGGAUCAACUGAAGAGACUGCAGACUGUUGAGGAGGACCAUCAUAAGUUGCAAGAACUCCUUGCAAAAUAUUCACUUCAGGGUGGCCAUUACUGAGGAACACCACAACCUGCUGUUACAAGAUCACUGUUUUUGCUGGAGUUGAGUGUGAGAGUUGCUUUCGGGGAUACGCUGAUCGAAUAAACAUGCCUAAAUGUUCCUGCUCUGUCAAUUCCCUCUUCUCAACUGUCCUUUCAGAAGAUUGACAGCAGGCCUCAGGCAGUUUCCGAAGUUUCAGAAAAAGCGGUUGUUGUAAUAAUGAUAAUGAUCCUUGAGCAUGAAUGAGUGGGUAUAAGAGAGUGACAGUCUUGCCAAAAGAUACCAAAGAAAUGUCCAACAUCUAGAGAUAUUUCAGAGUGAAAUUCUGAGUGUGCAUGUGCAGGCUUUAUAACACACAAACAUGCACGCGCACACACACACACACACACACACACACACACACCAAGCUAAACCUAAGCAUGUCAAAAAUUGUUUAGUGCCAAGAGACUAUAGAAAAGUAUAGUUGCAUCUCUUUGAAUACAGUGUGCUUCAAUCGCAUAUAGCCUGUUGCUGAGAUUGUAGUUAUUCCAUCAGGUUUUCAAUCAGGUUACUAGAACAGAUAAUGUGCCAUUUCUUGUAUUGUUCAAAUCAACAGAGAGCAGCCAUGCCUUAUAUAUUUUGCCAAAACGUUGUUUUUUUUAACAAAUUCAAAAAUAAAGUUUGCUCAUUCUAAUAUACAUUAACAUGCUAUUAUUGCAUCUAUUUUCAAUAUUAAUGCAUAUUGAAAUGGAUAUAAGUAGAUUUCUUAUUGGAUUAUUACUCUCCACUUGCAUGUAUUGGCCAAACUGUAGUAAUGUAGCAAUCAUUUUAACUGCCUUUUGUUAGUUAAAUGGUAUUUUGUAUCUUCCUACCAGAAAAUCUGUUAUUGCUCAGUGCACAAGAGGAAAGAACAAAAAAUUGCUAAGUAGAAAAGGUAAAUAAAUGGAUGCGGAAAGAGAGUAAAGGAGAUGGAACUGAUUUAAGACACCGUACAGAGUGAAACUGAGAAGGUUAUUGCAAGGUUUGAUUUUGAGAAAUGUAGAGAGGGUUUGAUAGUGUGGAUGUGUGGCUACAUGUAGUAUGCAGCAGUUAAAAAGUAAGAAGCAGGCCAGCUUGCAUGUUCAUCCAAAUAUGUGUGUCGUUAUAACAUUUGAACCAUGCACAAUGUGUACUGUACUCUAAAGCAGAUGUUGUUCAAUGAUUUGGUGAAGUAAACAGAUAGCACUCUGGUAGGUAGAAACAGAUCAUAUUAAACAUGCUUGUGUGUGAAUCUAUGCAAAUUCAUGAGAUGUGUGUAAGACAAAUUGGUGGCUAGUGUAGAAAUAUUAGGCAAGUAUUGUCUAAUUUGGUUUUUAAUGUUUAAUACAGUACGGUUACAAGUUGAAAGGAAUAGAUGCUUGAUAAAUGCAGUAUAUAUGCUUGAUUUGUCAGAAUAUUUUACAUUUAUCUGGAAUUGAUUUGUAAUUAUGUCGUUAUUUCUCCAUUUAUUUUAGAGUGUAGUUUUGUUUGAGUAGCCUUCACCAUAAAGCAGGACCAAAGAGAUAAACAUCAGAUGACAGAGGACAUUUUUUUUAGACAUGAUGGCACCGGUCAGCUGUAAAUGUGAAAUCACUGGGCUGAAAAGGGAGGGGGGCAAUCUAGUCUUCCAUGCCUCUCCAAACUUUGACUGCACCACAUAAUUGCUGACUCAAAUCACAAAAUGUGAUGUGGAUGGAUUUGCUUUUAAAUGUAGUGGCUUAUAAUCCUAUUUUAGGCAGAAGAAAUUAAAAGUUGGUUCAAAACUGGACUGCUGGAUAUAUUAUAAAGACGUGUCCAGGUACUAGCCUACUAUGUUAUUCAGCAUAGGGGACUAGCUUGUCCUCUCCCCCCACCUUAAUAGGUAACCAGACCACAGAGGAUCAUGCACUUAUGGGGGCUUAAAUGAUUUUAUAGCAUCUCAAAGUUUGGAGACAUGAACACAAACAGUGUUUUUUCUCACAGUACUGUAAUUAUUUUUAUGAUCUCAUGCAGCAUGCAUUCAUAAUGCAACUGCAAUGGCUUUUGUACCCUGAAAUCACUGCCUAAUCAUGCAACAUAUUUUACUUUUGUUUUUGUAGUGCCAUUUAUAUUGGUUGGUCAAACGGUUUUCAAGUUGAAUUGUGUAUUUUGUUUUCUCUAAUGCCCGUUCUUCUUUUCCUACUCUUUCCUCAACCAUUUCAAGCGAUUCAGUCAGUAGACUUGACAUAAUGGUUUACUCUGAAAUCAGAAGUCUCUCUUCCAGGCCUUCACAUGAAAGGAACCUGCGAUGUUGUUCCUAAUACCUGCCGUUCAGAGCUGUACGUUCACUUUUGUUCACUUAUUUUAUUCCAUUUUAGAACUUACUCAUUUUAGUUUACUGAUUGUAAUGUGAAACAACAUCUGUUCUCUUCUCACUUCAUCACCAUGCUGUCUUUCUGAUUGAACAAUUUGCUGAUCGCAUUGCUUGAAUGGGUGGUUAAAUGGUUUAAUUUUGUUCUGUUAUUUUUAAUUUCUUAGAAAACUGUACAAUAUUACAUUAUGUACUAUGCAUUGCAUAUAAAAACAAAUUGGGGAAUGAGAGAGAAACAAAGGACACCCUUAACCAGACUAACCUUAAAAGGCGUUACUCAAUGCCAAUAUAUGGCAAGUGUGAGUUGCUGUUGUAAUUUUUAUUUUUUAUAUGGUAUUGACCACAUUUUAAUGAAGAUUAAGACCAU